CCGCCUUCCCCGAAAACCCGACGCAUUGAGAAGGGCUUGCUUCUCCGUGUGACACCACCACAAGGAGAGGGGGAAACACGUCAGGCUUUCGGGCGAGCUUUUUUCGGGGGUGGGGGCGGCUCAGAUGCAGCAGAACCGGCCAGGCCGGGGCCCGCUCUCAGUGGGGAGCGGGAGAGGCGGGAGCGCCCGCGGGCAGGGGUCGCCGGGGCUGGCCCUGCGGGGCGGGCCGACGCGCCCCAGCGGAGCUCGGGGACGAACCAGAGGUCUUGGUCGGGAGCCGGCGUGGGUGGGGGAGGCGGAGAGCAGCGAUUCACCUGGGCGACGUGGCAGCCAUUCCCUACCCUCCGAGACCCCUCCCCAUUCGGCCGCCUACCCGCCCUCUCGCGGCUGGUUGCUGCGAGGCUGCUCUUCCCCGGCCGGACGGAGAGCGGCAGUGUCUCCCCGCCGGGCGCCCGCCGUGCGUCUCCCCCGCGCGGCCGCCGCUGCUCGCCAGCCCUGCGCCGUGCUGGAGAGCGCAGUGGCGGCGGCGGGAAAGGGCUGCGGAAUCGCGGCGCUGCGUCUCAUACUCGACGACGCGGCCUCGGCCUCGACGCCCUCCGCCCGUUCCCGGAGCAGUAAGAAGACAUUACGUUGGAUAACAGGAAGAGCUGUAGAGUUUGCAGGUGUCAGCUGUGGCCUUAAUAAGCACAUUGAUAGCAUCAGUGAUAGACAGAUGUACGCGGGCCUAUCACUGUUGUGGCCUCUCGCGUUGCGGAGCACAGGCUCCGGACGCGCAGGCUCAGCGGCCAUGGCUCACGGGCCCAGCCGCUCCGUGGCAUGUGGGAUCUUCCCGGACCGGGGCAGCGGACUCUCAGCCACUGUGUCACCAGGGAAGCCCAGCUAUGCUCAUGUGGCUGGUGGCUGCCAUAUUGACAUUGCAGUCCUGGAAGAUGGAGAGAGCUAUGACACAAUAAAUUUGAUUAAAAGGUCCUAUUACUGCUGGAUUGUGCAAGAUAUUUAACCCUAUUUUCUUUGAGGUAUGACUUAAAUAUCAAAAGUCUUAAAUAAGAGAAGGGAAACAUUUUAGUUUUGGAAGUCAGAAUGCCAAGGAGAAGGAAAAAUCUU